UGCUGUUUGUCUUUUUGGAAUUGACAACAUUUUCGUUCCAGGAGGGCUACAGCUGCGCGUUUGUAUACUUAAGUGCUUUUUCGUAAAGGUGCUUCUCUUAUUCGUAUUUUCCUCAUUAUUUGGUAUUUCUUACAAAUCUUUUCAUAUUCAUUAGUAAAUUUGGUGAAAACAGUUCAACUGAAAUUUUAUUGCAGAUUCGUUAAAAAUGGGAAGAAUAUUUCUUGAACAUAUUGGAGGUUCCCGCAUGUUUUCUUGCGCUGGUUGUGAUACCAUUUUAACCAACAGGAAUGAACUCAUAAGUACUAGAUUUACUGGAGCCACAGGACGCGCUUUUCUUUUUAAUAAAGUUGUGAAUUUAACUUACAGUGAAGUGCAGGAUCGUGUCAUGCUAACAGGUCGACACAUGGUUCGAGAUGUUUCUUGCAAGAAUUGUGAAGCUAAACUUGGAUGGAUCUACGAGUUUGCUACAGAAGAAAAUCAGCGUUAUAAAGAAGGGCGUGUGAUACUUGAGCGGGCUUUGGUUACCGAAAGUGAUGGUGUAGAUGAUUACAUAGGAUAAAGAUGUUAUACAAGAUGGAGAAAUGUGAAUUUUUUUAUCUGAUGCUAGCAGAUUGAAUGUCAUGUUUUUUUAUUUGUUACUGUGGAAGACUUGGCUAAAAUUUAUGAACUUAGGGGUUUUAUGCCCUGCCAAAUUCUUUUAGGAUGAACCCUGCAUUGAUCAUUGAGAUGUUAAGUCUGAAAAGUGUUUCCUCUUCUGGCGAUAGCUUUUUACACUGUAUAUAUAAUUGAAGUUCUUUCUUCAGUUCAAGUGGUGAACAUUUUUUGUUAUUGUUGUUGUUGUAUCAUGUCAUUUAAACUCGGUGAAAUUGUAAUGCUGCCAUGUUCUUUUACAUAUGCAUGUAAUUUUUUAUAUAAGCUGAGCAUCAUCGAAUUAAACUGUAAAUGUAAUCGUGAGAAAUUUUUUACUUACAUGUGUAUUGACAGAAGAGAUUAUAUACACACAUUUCCUUUUUUAUUUUUAAAACUGUAAAUCUUGAUAGUUAAAUGAUGUUUAAAAAAAAUUGUAACUUCGCAUGAAAAUAGUUGUCGACUUAUUUAUAAUACGUUUGUCAUUGUUCACAAUAUAAAUCUGAAGCUUAUAUAUUUUAAUCUUUCUUAACCCUUAACUGGGGACGUGCGGACUGUAAGACCGCUAGCGAUGGCUUUUCGAUCACUAUUUUUAGCUCAUUUGAAUGGAUUGACCCUGUAGCUUCCUGUUUUGUGACCUUCAAUACACAUGCACUUUUUCGACUGCUUUCCGUGGAUGCUAUAUAAAAUAAUUCAGUUAUUUCUUUGAGCGCGGUCUCUUAAGACCGCACCUCCCUGUUAGUGUCCCAGUGAUUAAAAAAAAAAAAGGCUUAGCAGAUGGCGCUGAAACUUGGGCCCCGAAAUAUCAUCCAAUUUAUUGAUCCUAUUAUGAAGCAGUGUUCCAGACACUUUUAAAUGAAGCAGAAAGUGAUUUUAGUGAUAAGGAUAAUUGUACAAAAGAGUUUCUCGAAAGUUCACAUUCAACUGAUUCUCAUAUGUAUGUUCAAACAUAAUUAAUUUUUCUAAUGAUAAUGUAUUUUGAAAAAUUUAUAAAAUAUAUUAAUAUGCCAAGAUAUAUAUACAGAAUUUAUAGGUUGAUUUUUAUAUUAGUUUUUAACCUGUAUGUUUAAAAUGACCUAUAAAACCGUGCUAUGAAAUUCACACAAGUCGUUAAAAAAAAAGAGCUAAUUUUACCCAUUGUCAUUUUUUUUUAUUUUUCAUAUAAUUGUUGAAUUUUACAUUAUAUUGACUUCUAUAUGCCUUUAUGUACUGUAAAAAUAAAUAUGAUUUAAAAAGUAAAAAGUAAUAUUUUUUUUUUCAAGAAUAUUAUUUAUUGUUGCAUGUAAUUUGAGAAGAAAAUGUAUGUUCCAUCGCAUUUACUUUUUCAAUGAUAAUAUAUUUUGAAAAAUUGAUAAAACAUAUCUAUAUAUCAAGAAAAAUAUCUGCAAACAAUAUUGGCAGUUUUUGAUAUUAAUACAUUCAUUAGAAAAUUUGAGUGUAAAUGAAAUGCGGUCUCAUAGAUUGCACCUCCCCAGUUAAUUCCUAAAAUUUAACCUCCCCAGUUAAGAGUUUAUAUAUAUAAUAUAGAAAUAAAAACCAAUAGGGGGAAAAAAGUAUAAAAAAUAAACCAAAUAAAAUAAGAAUCCGGCCUGAAGACUUUCUCAAGGGUCGCCCUCAGGCAGGGAUUGGAUUGUUUCAAUUAUAGGUUUUAAUUACUUAAUGCUAAUAUUUUUGGUUACUUAUAUGAGCCAUUUAUUUUGAAAGUGGGGCAAGUCCAUUUUUGAAAAAAAUGGAGAUAAUGGUAAUUAUAUAUAAAACUUGUUAUGAUCUUUUUAUACGUAAACAAUUUAAAAAAAAAAUCAGAUUAUAGUAUUUUGGAGACGGAAGUUUUAGCUCUUAACAGUAUUGAAAAUCUGUUUAUUUUGAAAGUGGUGCAAGUCCGUCUUGGAUUGAAAUUAUUUUUGACCGAAUAUAUUAUGGAAAAAUUUUGCUCCCGUUGCUGUAUAAUGAAGCAAAUGUGGCCAUGUCUGAAACCUAGGGUGUUUCUAUCUCUUUUUCUAUCUUUGAUAAUGAAAAUUGGUGGUUGUACGGUAUUUCAUAAACAAUAAAACGUAUAUCUUAAUUUUGUGUCUCGAUAAUAUGUUUAUUUCCAACACCGAUUGUUCAGUCCUGUGACAAUGACAUAAAUAUCAUUGAUCACAAAUUUUUGUUGUCGGAACCUUCAAUUUUACCGGACGAUCGUGAUUUUGGAGUGGUAGAACUGGCAAUCCGGAAAACCAGUUCCUUGUAUAUUCCCCAGGAUUACUAUAAAGUAAUACGAAAUUGUCGGAAACAUAAUAAAUGUUUAUUAAUACAUGGAAUGAAACGCGGAUAAUUAUUUUCAACCCAACCUCUGGAAAAAGUGGUUUUAAGAAAUAAAAAUAUCGGUGGAGAAACCGUGAAUUGUUUAACUAUAUGCUGGAUCAGAUUUACAAGGGAUGCAUCAUACAAAAUGUUCUACAAAACGUCGAAAGAACGAGAUGCUGCAUUUAAAAUUGACGAUUUGCCACCACAAUGAGUAAGACCAAGUAAUUUCUGAAAUAUAAAAUUGUCUUUUAUGUAUGAAAAAAACGAGAUCUAUUGCAUCUGAAAAAUGCAAGGACAUGACGGAUUUAUUACCAUAUGUACCUCCUAUUCAUCAUGAACAUUUUAAAGUGUUAAAUUCUGAAUAAAAUUCAAUUAUAUCUACAUAUAAACUGAAAAUGUAUAAUUUCAUUGAAAUUUUUAAUAAAACUGAAUUACUUUUUUGUUAUAUUUUCUACAAGAGUAUUCUUUGUUUUGUUUCACAUUUUAUCAAAUGAAUAAAUAAUUAUAAAUUUUUCAAUAGUAUUUUGUUUUUAUUAUUAAAAAAAAAGCUGAUGCAACUGAAAUAUUUUCCAAUUAAAUGAACGUUUACAAUAAUUCAUUAAUUUUGAAAGUGAGGCAAGUCCAUUCAGUUAUAAUAACUUUAUUUUUUUUAGUCAGCACUGUAAACACUAUUGGAUUAUAAACUUUCAUUAUCUGGUUCCACAAAAUACAAAAAAUUUAUCUAUUAAUACUUGCCAAUAUUUUUAAAUUUAUUGAAAGGUAAAACUUUAAAUAUCUCGCAAUAACAAAAAAUGGUCUUGCCCCAUUUUCAAAAUAAACGGCUCAUAUAUUAAAUACACGAAAAUGUAAUAAAGAGAAAAAAUCGUCACAGGAAAUAAUGUACGGAAAAAAAUAGCAUGGAAUAUUCCUCAUUACAAGGGGAAGUAUCCUAUUAUAUUCAUAGUUUUUUUUUUUUUCUUUCAUAAAAUAUGUAUCAUAUAUAUUUGUUUUCUUUCUUCUUUCCUUGCUCAUUGAAAGAAGAUUAGAACUAAUCUAAAGAUUGUGCUAUUAGUUUCUGAUUUCUUUUUUUUUUUUUUAAUUCUUUGUUGAAUGUCUUUGGACUAUGUCAUAAACUAGAUGUAUACGAGCUUGUGAAAUUAAAUCUUAUCUUGUGAAAGAAUGUUUACAUGGAAAUUAGAUUAACUGAUUAGUUUGUAAAUUGUAAAAACUGGCUUCAGUGAUUAAUUUAGAUUCAUUUUAAAAAAAUGUGGGACAAAACUUCAUCAAAUCAUUUAUUCUAAAAUAUUUAUAAGUCUCAUGCUCUGUGUAUAAACAAAGAUAAUGUAUACAUACUUAUCAGUUAAAAUUUGAACUAUCGUAUGCUUUUCCUGACAGAAUUUUGAAAAAGAAAAUAUUACCUAAAAUGUGUUUUAUGAAAAUUUAUUGAGAAAAAGAUUUAUAUUGCAAAAAAAGAAGGAAAGGCAAACAAACAAGAUGCAUGAAAUUCUACAAUAGUUCUUUAUAUUUUGAUCAAAAGUAUUUUAAAUCUUCUUAAAUUAGAUAUUGAUAAAAUGUUACAAGAACUUUUUCAUAUAUUCAUAAGAUGUACAAGAUGCUGUACAGUAUGGAAAUUUAUGGAGUAGUACUAUCAUAAUAUUGUGUAAUAUCUUGUGCUGUAUUUAAAUAGAAAUCAUUUUUCACGUG